GGAAGGAUAAAAUGGAGGCUACGUUGUUUCUUUGACGCAGAUCUCGUCAAUAAUUGCAAAGUAUGGUGUCUAACGCGAAGUGGGAAAACAAAAAAACUUUAAAUAAGAAAACAGAUGAAGAAAUUAAAGAUAUUCCAGUUACUAAACGACCUAGGAAGAAAAGAGGCUUACAUUCCAUCAAACAUUCCGUUUUUGAGAAGACAUUUGUUGAAAAUGAAAAAAACACAGGACUUUAUCAGCUGUUUACAGAUCCAGAAGAAAUUUUUACAAAUAAGAAAAAGGGACAAAGAAAAUCUUCAAUGCCUCAGAGGAAGAAGAAAACUAAACUCAAACAGAGCAAAAAAUUUGAAAUUUGUACAUCAAAUGAGAAGACAGUUAACAAGAAAAAAGGAAAGAUUCAACCUUCACAAGCCAAGAAGAAAACUAAGCAAAAUAAGAAAAUGAAGCAGAAAAUAUCUAAAGAUUUAGUUGCUGGUAAAGAGGGACAACCUGAGGAACAAACUGAUCCCAGUGAAAAGAUUAGCCUUGAUAAAGAUCCAGAUCCUAAUGAAGAUAGUGAAUCAAGUAUUGAAAUAAUGAGAGAUGCAUCAUUUAUAUCAUCUCCAAGAAAACCAGAAAAAUAUCUUAAGUUUGUGAAAAAAUAUCAACAUAAAGCUAAUAAAAGAAAUCAUUCUCCACGUCCAGCUUCUACUCGACCGUAUUCUCCUAAACUAAAACAAAGAAAGUUAAAGAUUGCAAACUUAGCAAACUUAGAUGAUAAAGAAGAUAUUGUAUCAGAUAAUGACUGGUCGGAUUCUGAAUUUACAACAACUUUAACAGGAACUGUUAACCAGACUUCUAAAGUUAAUACUCAAGGAAAUUCAUCCAUACCAUUCCAUACAAAUUAUAAACCUGGUGCUAUUUUAAACUCUACGGCUGCUGUCAAUCAUCAAUAUGAUGGACUGGAAUUUUCUCAAGACUUUUCAUCUAUAUCGUCUCUUCAUGAUGAUAAUGGUGAGGUAGCUUUCGAUCAUAAAACAUCCGGAGAAACUACGCCAGGAAAACAAAUUAAAAAAUCAGCACUAAAGAACAUAUUGAAGAAGCUAAAUGAAGUAAAUAUAUUAAAACCACCAAGUUCUACUCUCCUAUUUGAUACAGUUAUAGCUGAUGUUUCACUACCUGAUCUAUCAUCUAUACAUAAUACUUUUGUGUGUAAAGAAGGUAUUAAAACAGAUGAUCAACAGUUAGAGGAAAAAAUUAUCAAUAUUGAUAGACAAGAUAAAGAAGAUAUAGCAGCACCAAAUGAUAUUGAUGUUACGCUCAAACCAUCUUCACCAGUUAUAGUACCUCCUCCAGAUCAACACAAACAAUUAACGCCACAGAAUAACAGAAAGAAAGCCGUCACUUCAACACCAACCAAAUCACCAUCUGCUAAACAAGAAACUGUUACUUUUGGUGUGUCAAGUAUAUCUGAACCUGUUUAUGAUAGUGAUGAAUUAGUACCAGCCCGUGGUUCUAGCCGGGAAAUUAACUCUGAUGAAUUCUACCAAUCAUUUGAAUUUGAACAGGUCGAUGUUCCUAAAAUUGAUGAAAUGCCUGUUGAACCUAACUGCAAACCUCAAGAUAAUGACGAAGUUCAAGCACCAACAAAUUCAGCAGAACCAUAUCAAAUUAAUGUUGGGAAAGCAAAGAGUUUUGUUACAGUAACUCAUCAUGGCAUGAAACUCCGCAAGAGAACCAAAGAGCAUCUCGAUAAAAACUCUAAUAAGGCUUUAAGUCGAAUCUCCAACAAAUAUCCUGGCAAAAGCUUCCGUCUUGUAAAGCAUCUGGGAAAACAAUCCAAAAUUGAUUGCAGUAGGAGCUCCAGCAAACGCUUUGGUAAAGGGCCUAAGGUUUUUAAUUGGAGGCCCAGCAAGCAUAAACAUUCCAGUAAGGAUCUAUGUAGUGGUGCCAAUGAGGGUCUCAGCAAGAGUAUAAAUGUGGAUCAAAGUGGGAACCACAACAAACAGCUCAGCAAGAGCUCCACUAUUGAUCUCUUUGGAAGCCUCAGUAAGGAUCUUGGUAGGAGCCCAAUUGAGGAUCUCAUUAAGACUCCCAGUGAGGAUCUCAUUAAGACCCCUGGUAAGGAUUUAAGUAGCAGCCCUGGUAACAAUCUUGGCAAAACCCCUGGUAAGGAUCUCAGUUUGAACUCCAAAAAUCUUACUAGUCAAUGUUCCGGUAAGGAACCCAGUGAGUGCUCCAGUAAAUAUCUUAUCAAGAACCUUAGUAAGAGUUACAGCAAGAGUUCAAGCAAGAAUCUCAGUAGGAACCCCAUUAUGGAAAUCAGUACUAGCCCUUGUAAGGAUCUCACUAGGAAUCCCAGAAACGAUACAAGGAAAACCAAUAGUAAAAAUUUCACCAAGAGUCGCAUCAAAAGUUUAAACAAGAGUCUGAAAGAGACACUCGGCAAAAAAGCGAUCAAUCAAUGUAUUAAGAUGAGAAAAGUGGUAAAAACAAGUUCUAACAUACUUCUAUACAAUAGCCUCUGUCACAAACUUAGCAAGGUCCACCACACAGAUCUGAUCAAGAACAUUGGUGAAACCUCCAGUGAUAGCCUUGAAUGUAGCAAGAACUAUGGCAAGAACAUCAGCCAAAACCUCAUCAAGGAUCUUGGUAAAACAAUUGAUCAGGAUUCAACCUUUAGUAAGAACAUAAGUGAGAACAUUUUGCUAGACUUAAUACAGAACCAUGACAGUGCCCUCAGUGACAACCCCGACGUAAUUGAUGAAACCAUUCUUAGCACCAUCCUUGACAAACCCGCUAAGGAUCCUAGCCAAACCCAAAGCAUGGAACCAAGGUUGAAUCCAAGCAAAUACCCUGACCACCAACAGAGUCAAAACCAAAGCAAGGAACAUGCUCGAAACCAACGGAAAGACUCUAGUCAAAACCAAAGUAAGGCCCUUGGACAGAGCUUCUGUAACACUAUCAGCACCAGCUUUAACAAGUCCAAGGGAAAGAACCUUAUUAAGAAGAAUGUUGUGACCAUGGUUACAUUGAAAAGCGAACGAAAGAAACAUUCUACGAAGACAAAAUUAAACAAAGCCGCACCUAAAGCAUCCAACAGGUGCAGCCCAACUAACAUAAAGAAUAUUUAUGUUCCUCCUUGUAUUAUUUUAAGAUCUGCAGACAAAUUUCCACCAAGGAAUAAUCUUUUAAUGAAGCAGACAUCUGUUAAAACAGGAAAAGUAUUUUACAGAAAAAUGAAGAACUGUCCACCAGAUAUUCUAUGUAAAGUGUUACCUCCACCUGAUGGUAUCUGUGAUGAAAACAAAUCCAGUAUGUAUUACUUCAAAAAAAAAAAAAUAGCUACAACAUUCCAAACUAAAGGAUAACACUAGCACUUCAAAAUAAGGCAGAUGUUUGUUAGCACUGGCACAUCACCAUAAGGCUGAUGUUUGAUAACUCUGGCACUUCGCCAUAAGGCUGAUGUUUCAUAACACUGGUACUUUAUCAUAAGGCUCAUGUUUGAUAACACUAGCACUUCACCAUAAGGCUGAUGUUUGAUAACACUAGCACUUCACAAGAAAGCUGAUGUUUGAUAACUGGCACUUCACAAGAAAGCUGAUGUUUGAUAACUGGCACUUCACCAUAAGGCUGAUGUUUGAUAACACUAGCACUUCACAAGAAAGCUGAUGUUUGAUAACUGGCACUUCACAAGAAAGCUGAUGUUUGAUAACUGGCACUUCACCAUAAGGCUAAUAUUUGAUAACACUGACACUUCACCAUAAGGCUGAUGUUUGAUAACUCUAGCACUUCACCAUAAGGCUGAUGUUUGAUAACCCUAGCAAUUCAUCAUAAGGCUGAUGUUUGAUAACACUGGCACUUCGCCAUAAGGCUCAUGUUUCAUAACUCUGACAUUUCACCGUAAGGCUGAUGUUUGAUAACACUGGCACCUCAUGAUGUUUAUAUAAAAUGCCUUAAAGCGACUUUGGUGUAUAUUAGCCUUAUUGUGAAAUCUGUUUAAUAUCCUGAAAAAAAAAUCCAACUGUAUAUUUAUCAUAUAAACUUACACAAGCACAUCACUGGAGACCCUGUAUGUCUUAUUCACAAGGUGCAGUGGCGAUAUCGAACCAAUGAAUUAAUGAAACAUAUUAUUUAGAUUAUUUAUGACUGUUUAUAAUUAGAAUUAUUUAUGUGAGGUAGCUGUGCUACACAUUAUAUAUUUAUAUAUAUGUUAUUUUGAUAUUGUAUUGUGCAUUAUUGAGACUGUUUUAAUACUGCAGUUUUGUACACCAAUCAAAAAUAUAGAAUCUAGAAUUAAUCUUUAAUAAAUACCUGACUAUUGUAAUAUUUGUGAGUCUGUAAUGUAAAAGCAUAAAGUCAGAUUUCCUGUGAUAUUUCUAUUUUUCUCACCAAUCAUUAAAUCUUUUGUAAUUUAUUGUUAUUUUGUAAACAAGAACAAAGUCUUAUCUGUGAUCAAUUGUGGUUUUUUUGUGGAAGCUAAGUUAUAAUAUGCAUAUAU